UGGAUUGUGCAACAAGCGGGAGGAGCCGAAGGCGACCGCCGCGAGCCAUAAACAAAGCCACGUGUCUCCCCACGGAUCCAGGGGCCGGGCUAAGGCCGCUCUUCCGGCAACAAAGAGCCCUCGGAUAAAUACCGCCGCGAGGACACGGCCACGGAGCUGGAUCCGGAGCGGAGCGACGGUCGCACAAAAUCCCCCAGCCCGGGACACCCCCGCCCCCUCCCCGGCGCGCCCCCUUCCAGGCUGCGCAGGGAGCGGGAAGGCUCCGGGGCAGCGCGCUCAGCCUCCCCGCGCCGCGAUGCCUUUUCUGGGGCAGGACUGGAGGUCCCCGGGGCAGAACUGGGUGAAGACGGCGGACGGCUGGACCAGGUUCCUGGAGGAGAGACACAGCGGCUAUGUCAGCGAUCUCAACAGUUACUGCAAAAAGGAGGAUUACAACAAGGAGAAUCUCUUCAACAGCAUGAACUAUGAUGUUGCUGCCAAGAAGAGAAAGAAGGACCUGCUGAAUAACAAGACAAAGAUUCAGUAUUUCCAUCAAGAAAAAUGGAUUUAUGUCCACAAGGGAAGCACAAAAGAACGUCAUGGUUACUGCACCUUGGGAGAAGCUUUUAACAGACUUGACUUCUCAAAUGCUAUCCUAGACUCCAGACGGUUCAACUAUGUUGUAAGGCUGUUGGAGCUGAUAGCAAAGUCUCAGCUAACAUCGCUGAGUGGAAUUGCCCAGAAAAACUUCAUGAACAUUUUGGAAAAAGUGGUGCAGAAAGUCCUUGAAGAUCAGCAGAACAUCAGGCUAAUAAGGGAAUUGCUGCAGUCUCUUUACACAUCGCUGUGCACCCUGGUGCAAAGGGUUGGCAAGUCUGUUCUGGUUGGAAACAUCAACAUGUGGGUACACAGAAUGGAGACUAUUCUUCACUGGCAAAAGCAACUGAACAGCAUCCAAAUCACAAGACCUGCCUUUAAAGGAAUGACCUUUACAGACCUGCCAUUGUGUUUACAAUUAAACAUCAUGCAACGGCUAACUGAUGGGAGAGACCUUGUCAGCCUUGGGCAAGUGGCCCCUGAACUGCAAGUGCUCAGUGAGGACCGGCUGCUGUGGAAAAAGCUCUGCCAAUACCAUUUCACAGACAGACAGAUUCGUAAACGGAUAAUCUUAUCUGAGAAGGGGUUGCUGGAUUGGAAGAAGAUGUACUUUAAACUUAUAAGGUGUUACCCGAGGAAAGAACAGUAUGGAGACACGCUGCAGCUCUGCAGACAUUGUCACAUCCUUUCCUGGAAGGGUACUGAUCAUCCUUGCACAGCCAACAACCCAGAGAGCUGCUCCACUUCUCUUUCACCCCAAGACUUUAUCAACUUGUUCAGAUUCUGAACCCUGGUUCUUCACAGCAUAUCAUAUUCUUACAAGACACUUUAUAGGGCUCAGCUUGGACACUGAACUUGUAAAUAGUGUAAAUGUCGAUGUUUGUUUGAAGCUCCUGAGUCAAGCAAACAAGAGGAUCUUCGAGACGAAAGGUGAAAUUGCUCGCUGUUUGAUGUUUAAGAAAUAUGGACUUCUAACAAGACUGGCAUGUAUAGGCAAUGUUGUAAAAAGUCACCUUUUUAUUAUCAGAGUACAAGAUACAGGGCAGAAAUUUCUUUCUGUUUAGAAGUUAAAACUGAAUUUGACCCAUGGCCAUUUGAAAACUCUAUUUUUUUCAGUUUCUAAUAAAGGAAAAGAAAUAAGUAUGAGAGUAGGACUGUUUAACUGCUCCUCCAUCUGGUUUUAUUUACAACAGAUAUUUAUAAAUAUGACAUUUUUAAAAUAUUUAUGGGGAAAAAUUCCCUGCGACGAGUUUUAAUCAUACUUGUAUGUUAAAAGAAAAAUAAAAUUGGAUGCAUUCAGAAAUAUGCAAAACAUCUAGGAUUUGAUCCUAAUUAAAACUGAAAAUAACACACCAUGCCAUUUUCUACCUCGAAUAAAUAGAGUACCUUUGAAACAAUAACCCACUAUGCAAUGUGAACUAUUAUACUUUGUACAAUGAUUUAAAGGGAAAUGAUGUUUAUGACUGUAAGCAAACUUCUUAUGUUAAUGCUUACUUUUUUAAUUAGUUUUCUUGCUGUACUCAGUGCUUGAAUGCCCAGAUGAUGAGCGCCUUAGAAAUACCUAAGAUUUUAAUCCCUCCUCUUUUUUAAUUUUGUUGUCUUUAGAAAAGAGUAAGCAAAAAAAAAAAAAAAACCAAACCAAGGGUGAGGAUUUGUAUUUAAAGCAGGUGCAUGAUGGAUGAAUGAUAAGGAGCCAGAGCUAACAUCUCAUUAGUGUAAAUUCAUAACUCCAUUGAUUUCAGUGGAAUUACUCUGGAUUUACACCUGUCUGAGAUCAGCAUCUGGUUCACUGGGUCUGACUCCCUCCACCCUGUGUAACUCCACUGAAAUAAAGUCAAAACUGGUGUAACUGAGAGAUGACUCAGCCCCAUAGGACCAGGUUCCUGAUAGGUCUAACUAGGUAAAGCUCCGCUGGGACCAGUGGAACUGUGCCAGUUUACAUUCACUGAGGAUCUGGCUCAUAACAUAAAUACCAUUUGUUUGUAACGGCUGUAAGGAACAGGAAAAGCAGCAAGGAAAGCCAGCCAUAAAGUCCUAGUGUAAUAAGGGUACAGUCAGUCCUUAGGGUAAAUAGGAUUUCUAAUCACCUGACAUCCCUGAUAAUUUCUAUCUCAUCCAUCUCCCUGCCAGUGCCAGAUUAACAGAGAUACAGUGAGAAUUAGUGCUUACAAAUCUUGGUCCCACUGAAAUUAAUGGCCAAACUUCUAAUCUCCUUUAUUAUGUAUAACUUAUGAAUGUGACAAACUUGAUCUGGCAGAUUCCAGUCCAUGUAUAAAAGUUUGUAAAGCCUAUAUAGGAAAAAUACUUGCAGUUGUUCUACAGCAGAGUUCACAGACAGCACUUUCCCAACACUGUACACAGAGCGCGUAAGCAAGGUGAUUAAGAAAGACAAACAUUAGUAGGUUGUAUGGUAUGGACAAAAGAGUUGUGAGGAAGAGGAAUACUCAGGAUAAAUCAGAAGAACUACUUGAGUUUAAUUAUUAAAUAGUCUGUUCCUUUUUUUACAGGUUUUAUAAUUGAUCUCUAACACUUUUCUGCAGCUGUUUAUAUAUAUUUUUGCAACAGUGUUUGCAUUUUUGCAAACUAAAUUACUUUUUGCAUGCUCUUUGAGUAAUUUUGAUUGAAUAGUGGGGCUGGGGACUGCAGCCCUGGUGAGGGGAGAUCCAGGAGAAUGCUUUGACAGUAACUGCCAUUUGUUGCAUUCCAAAGGCAGAAGGUUUGGUUCUUCCAGAAAUUUCUUUCAGAGGCAGGGCAAGAGACACUCCCAUCAAAAAUCAUUUUGCUUUGUGCAGAGAAGGGAAUAAAAUGAAGACAGGGACUUUGCCCUCCCUCCAUCUGCUCUCAACUCAAACACGAGUCAAAAGAGUAAAUUAGAUCUCAGGGAGGAGAGGAGAUAUGUCCAUGUGAGUGGAAAGUGAUUCAGAGGUAGUUAACCUGGAGAAAUGAAACUUUAGUUGUGGGUGUUAGUGUCAUUGAAUAAGGGAGGCCAACUUCUGUUCUCAUUCACACCCAUGCAACCUUGUUGAUGUCAGUGAGGUUGUGUGGGUAUAAAUGAGACUGGAAUUUGACUUGGUGAGAGAAGAGUGUUAAGGGCAGUAAUUUGUAAGUGACUGAAGUAGUGAUGUUGUGUGUCAAGAUCCAUGUUGUUCCUUUCUCUAGCAGUUAAAAGUACCCUAAUAACCUUUGUGCCCUCUACAUGGAGGUCUGAUUUCCCCCCCCCUUCCCCAUCCAUCUGCCCCAUCUACUUCCAGUGAAACAGCCUAAAUAGAAGUUGUGAUUUGCAAUGUCAAAUUUGACAUACCAGCAAUUGGUGUUUCAACCUGUAAAAUACUUAUUUUAGGUUUCAGAGUAGCAGCCACAUUAGUUUGUAUCCACAAAAAGAAAAGGAGGACUUGUGGCACCUUAGACUAACAAAUUUAUUUGAGCAUAAGCUUUCGUGAGCUACAAUCCACUGAAUGCAUCCCGAUGAAGUGAGCUGUAGCUCACGAAAGCUUAUGCUCAAAUAAACUUGUUAGUCUCUAAGGUGCCACAAGUCCUCCUUUUCUUUUAUUUUAGAUUGUAUUUAUUGGAGCAAGUUCCUCUUCUAUGUAACUGACAUCAAGUGAAUUAACUCAAGUAUUGACUCUGGCCCAACAUGUUCACCAUUCCAUAUAUAAUAGAUAUAGUCUGAGCACAGGGUUCUGAGUCAGGAACUUAUGAAUUCUAGUGCUGGCUGUGCAACCAUUUCCUUCUGUGGUUUUGGGCAAAACUCCCUGCCUCCAUUUCCAGUCUGUAAAAUGGGGAUAACUACUUACAGUGGGGCACUGCGAUAAGGAUCAGUUAGCUAAUGUUUGGAAAAGCAGUCGAAGUUUAAAGUGCAGGUUCUGAUCUGAAAGCACUACGUGGACCUUAAGUGAAACAUUUGUCUACACAUUGACACUUUCAGAUUGUGUUUCGAGAAAACCUGCUCUUAUGUGAUUACCAGAGGCAGAGACCUACAGCAUGAAACGAAACGUAAUGCAUGCUAUUAAGGAGUAUAACUCAUUAAAUGAGUCUGCUAGAGAAAGAAAUAGAACUUGCCUCAUAUUAUUGUUUAUUGCUACAGUGGUUACUGAUAUUGAUCUCCUCAUGAGUCUUUCCUAUUCCCAAAAUGGUUAAUUACUGUCAAAUAUUGUAGUGAGUCAAACAAUUCCUUUUUAACAACCCAUUUGUGCCCAGAUACCUUAGCCUAACCACUUACAAAGGCAUCGGUUUUAUUUAAGUAGAUUAUUUGCAUCUGCCUGACUUGGGCUGACAGGGGAAUGAAAACUGAGUGGUAACUGUGGGUUUGAGGCAAGAGGGUGCAAGGCUACUCUGGCAUAAAAGGGACCUCUUUAUUUUCAGGGUAAUUCUGGUAGAGUUAUUGUAAGUUGAAAACAGGCUUUCUGUGUUUGAACAUGGCAUUGGUGGUGAUGAUCUUUCCAAACGGCCUUUUACCUUGGUUGCCAUUAGGGUUUCAAUACUAUGAAAUAAGGUCUGUGCUCUGCCUUUAGCAUCAUAAAUGCAGAGUGAUUCCAUUGAAGCCAAUGGAGUUGCUCCACAUUUACCAGUGCAACAGAGCUGAAUAUGGCUCAAUACAGAUACUUUAAAACCACCCCAUACAGUGGAGGGGGCAUGGGAAGGAAGAGAGGAGAAUUUUGCAUUUCAGUUUCCUGGAGGAGGUGAGUAUUUGAGUUUUAUUUGAAUGUGACCGUCACUUCAAGAGGCUGAAUUUCAGUUGUACAUAAGCUGAGCAGUUUAUACUAAUGAUGGUUUGGUAUUUUAAUGUUUGAUUAUAAAAUGUGUGCACCUUAGCUUAUAUUGUUUUUGGGGUUUUUUUUAAUUAUUACUUCUGUUUUGUAAAAUCGUUAGGAAACUUGUACUGCUCUACAGACAUGCUUCAUAUGUAAACGUUCAAUUGCACCAUGCCACGUUCUGUAAAUGGGAAGAUUGCUGUCCCCCUGUUUUGAACUCCUGUAGUGACUAAUGUUUGUGUUCCCAUUUCCGUUUGGCUAUACAACCAACUCCUUCUAGAACAUACACAGAUAGUAAACUAGCUUUUUCUGCCCAGCCAUUUCUUUGGCCAUUUGUCGCUACAACUGAAAUAGACCAGGAACAUUUCAAAUACUGUAGAGUAGCUAAUAAAUCUUGGAUGAUGUCUCAUGCUUAAACCUUCUGUUCGCUACAGUAAACCAUCAUGUACUUUUGGGGGGCUUUUAGUAACCUGUUGCUGCUUUUCACAGAUCAGCACCUUGCCAGAAAAUGGUUUUAUAUUAAAACGCUAGUCUUGCUUGCUGGCUUGUUGGCAAAAACACACCCUCCCUGUGGAUUUGAUGCAUAAUCAGUUUAAAAGUUUUGCAACAGCAUUUGGAGUUCUGCUUGUCAUCUAACAUAGUAAUGUGUACAAACAAGCUAGCUUUUUAUAAAGGCUUUCCUUCUACAUGUAAUGGCUCUUGUAAAAGACCCUCCUUCUGAACUGACUAGCCCCCUGCUGUCUCUGAGGUUGAGAAGUUCCUAAGUGGAGCCUAAUUUACAAUGUACUCAGCACCUCAUUAGUAUUCACCACUCCAUUGACUUCAUUGCUCUGGAUCAUUCAGCUCUCUGCAGGGUCUUGCCCCAAUGACAGUACAUCUUUCCUCUUCUUGACCAUCUCCAUUAUAUUAAUAGCUUGAAUACCUAAGUAACACCCCUGUUCUGGCACUCUGUAGAGCACACAUAGCCCUUUCACCCGGGUGACCCCCGCUGCUGUAACUGAGGAUAAUCUGGCCCUUUUUGGCUAUCACUGGCUGCAUAUAGUGCCAACAAGGCAGCUCCAGAGUUAACAUUUUAAUUAGAAAUUGCAAAUGCACUAAUGUUUUAGGGGCUAAUCUACAGUAAUAAUGAAUACCUGCUUAUAUGUGAAAAGGAAGCUUGUUUUUCCUUUUUUAAAUAAAGCUGUAACUAGAUAAGGUAUGAAGUGAAAAGCAUACCUUGUGUAUUAAGACUCCUAUUUCAUAUUAUUGUGUGAUUAAAAUCCUUCUGUAUAAAUUAUUUGCACUUUUUUUUUUCUUUGCAUGUUCAAUUCUGAUUUUUACAGCGGUUUGGUACAGUGAUGUAUUUUUGUAAAUUGUCUUUGACACUGAAUUGCAAUAAAUAUUCAAACAAUGUGAA